GAUCAACUCUUUAAGACAAAUUCCCUUGGAGUUGGGCGUUGAGGCAACCUCAUGCAGGACGUUGUUUUUGCCCAACUGACAGUUCAUGAGAAAUAUAACUGAAUAUUUCACUUUUACUCCACCUACUGUCACUUUAAAGGGUGGCGCUAGCGGCGGUGAAGAAGUCAGCAAACUUCAGUGUUGCAGCUUAUUUAUCCGCGAUGUCUACGUUUGAGUGUUAUGACUACAUCGUAAUCGGUGCUGGAAUCCAAGGAUCUUUUACAUCUUACCAGCUGGUGAAAAGGAAAAGGAAAACUCUUCUCCUUGAGCAGUUUACUCUACCUCACACUCGAGGGAGCUCCCAUGGCCAAACCCGUAUAAUCCGUAAGGCUUACGAGCAGGACUUCUACACACAAAUGAUGGGUGAAAGCUAUGAACUGUGGGCUGAGAUGGAGAGGGAGGCUGGUGUCAAACUGUACAGACGAACAGGACUUCUGGUGAUGGGACCAGAGAACAGUCGGCGCUACCUUGACUUUAAGAGCACCCUGGAGAAGAACAAGAUUUCUAUGGUGGUGCUUACCCCUGACAAUUUCAAUCAGCACAUUCCUAAUGUCAUCUUGGCUGAUGGGGAUGGUGCUUUAGUGGACACCACUGCUGGAGUGUUAUAUGCAGAUCGAGCACUGAAGGUUGCACAGGAGCAGUUUCAGAAGUUGGGUGGUGUAAUUAAAGACCAAGAAAAGGUAACAGACAUCAAGCCUGGCCCGACUGUGACAGUGUCGACAUCUGAGGGUGUUUAUCAAGCCAAGGGACUUGUGAUUACCGCUGGACCUUGGACUAGUAAAUUGCUGGCCAAUGUUGACCUACAUCUUCCUUUAGAGGUGGUGAGAAUCAAUGUGUGCUACUGGAAAGAGAAGAUUCCUGAGUCAUACCAUGUGAAGAAACGGUUUCCCUGCUUCAUACUGACUGAAGGAGAGGAGGCUAAAGAGGAUAUUUACGGCCUGCCUUCCAAUGAAUACCCUGGCCUGAUGAAGAUUUGUUAUCAUGAUGGCAGUGAGACUGACCCGGACCAAAGGGACAAGAAGACAGAGGGAGCUGAUAUUGACAUCCUCCGGUGCUACAUUGCUCGCAGUUUUCCAGGCCUGAUCCCUGAGCCCGCUGUGAUUGAGAGCUGCAUGUACACGAAAACACCUGACCGUCAUUUUGUGUUGGACCGCCACCCAGCAUAUGGCAAUAUUGUAAUCGGUGCAGGAUUCUCAGGUCAUGGCUUCAAAUUUGGGCCUGUCAUUGGCAAGCUGCUGUGCGAGCUAAUCCUGGGAGAAGUGCCCUCCUAUGAUCUUGCACCUUUCCAAAUCAGCCGCUUUCAGACCAACAUCAAAUCAACUUUAUAGAAAUGUCAACAGAUUAUCAGUAUCUUGUAAUUUGAAGAUUUAUAUUGAUAUUGAUAAUAUUGACACUUUUUAUUGAAGAGUGUCAAAUUGAUGAACAAAAGCAUAAAACAAGAGCUUUGGCCUAAAUAGUA